CCCUCUUUCGUCUAAGCGGCUCCUCCGCUUAUCCGCUCUCGGACCGCGCCGCUCCCCCGCAUCCGCGCACCCAGCUCGCUCUCCCCCCAUCGAGACCGCCUCUGCCAUGGAGGCGGCCGCCGCCGCCGCCGCCUUCUUCCCUCCCCGCGUCUCCCCCGACGCCCGUGCCGUGUUCGCCGCCCUCCCCGCCUCGCCCUCCCCCCACCUCCGCCUCGCCGCCCGCCCGCGCGCUCUCUCCGCUUCCGCCGCCCGGGUGGUGACCGCCAAACCGCGGUUCUUGGCGCCACCGCACCCGGACCCCGCGGCAGGCGGCCGCGGUGGUGCCAGGGACGUCGUCGCGAUGGUGGUGCCGUUCCUGAGGGGCACCGCGUGGCAGCAGCCGCCGCCGGACCUGGCCUCGUUCCUGUACAAGAACCGGAUCGUCUACCUCGGGAUGUGCCUCGUGCCGUCGGUGACUGAGCUCAUGCUCGCCGAGUUCCUCUACCUCCAGUACGACGACGCCGAGAAGCCCAUCUACCUGUACAUCAACUCCACGGGCACAACCAAGAAUGGCGAGAAAUUGGGUUACGAGACAGAAGCUUUUGCAAUAUAUGAUGCUAUGAGGUAUGUGAAAGUUCCAAUUUUCACCCUGUGUGUUGGCAAUGCAUGGGGAGAAGCUGCUUUACUCUUGGCUGCUGGUGCCAAAGGUAACCGUGCUGCACUUCCAUCAUCGACGAUAAUGAUAAAGCAGCCGAUUGGUCGCUUUCAAGGACAGGCGACAGAUGUUGACAUAGCAAGAAAGGAAAUCCGAAAUGUGAAGAUAGAAAUGAUUAAGCUGCUAUCAAGGCAUAUUGGCAAAUCGGCCGCAGAGAUUGCGCAGGACAUCAAACGGCCGAAAUAUUUCAGUCCCAGUGAAGCUGUGGAUUAUGGCAUCAUUGACAAGGUGCUGUACAAUGAGAAAAGCCAAGAAGAUGGUGGUGUUGUGUCGGAGCUCAAAAGAUCAAAUUUGAUAUAGUAUUACAGCUAGAUAAAAUCUCCAUGUAAGUUGGCGAUAGGUCAGACAACACGAAAUGCUUGUAGUACUUAAGGAGUAGCUACCACUCAUUAGUUGGCCUGGUUGUAGAACAUCGAGCUGGAAAGGCAAUGCAAAUAUCGAAUACACGCUGGUACUGUUUUGGCAUGGGCUUUUCCAAAUUUGGUGCCCGAUUUCUUCUCCUGAUAACUUGUAUGAAAUGGUUGCUCUUUUUUUUUUUCCCUUUUUGUUGCAAUGAUAAUGCUUGCGUUGUGAGCCCUAGUGUAUGUAAGAUGUGAUGCACCUCUUCGUUUUGUUGCUAACGUGAUUCUGAUAAUGUAUCUGGUCUUAAAAAGGGUUGCAUGUUUGUUGCAACAGUGGAGUCGUUGGUGUAUGAUUUUGUCUAUUAGGGUUUAAUA